UGGGAGGGGAGGCGACGACCCACUGGAGCAAGUCGUCGUCGUCGUCGUCGUCGUCAUGUACCUUUCUCUGCAUCUCCCUCAUCUCCCAUCCCCGUCCUGCAGCUGCAGUCUAUCCCCACUCCCACUCCCAGUGAGCUCCUCCUCCUCCAGCAGCACCAGCAGGAUAUCACAUUGCAGCCCUCCCUCGCCGUAGAAGAAAGGAGAGCUUGCCCGGAUCGACUCCGUGUCGUGGUGGGCGGGGCGACUCUUGGUGGCGCCUGUCGUCCAGCCGAACCGAUGUGCCCUCCGCCGCCAUUCUCUCCCGGAAGGUAGUUGAGUAAUCGAUUCCUCACAGGCAACCUUCUGUUCACGCGGCUGAGCUCGAUUCGUUGCAGGAGGAUUAAUUAGCGGGCAUGGCUGGAUUUUUUAUGGGCGAGGAGACCCAGGAGCGGAUGAGUAUAUUGCUUACCCGGGCCUUGGUCCUUUUGAGCUUCGCGGCGCAUCUUACCAUGGCCCUGUUAGCCGGCAUCCGUCGGCGUAGAGACUCCGGCUUGCGCAGGUUUCUGGUGUGGUUUGCGUACUACGUAACCGAGAUAGGCACGCCAUUCGCCCUCGGCCUGGUGUUCCUCGACACCGCGACCGCAGAUAGCGAGCAGAAGAUGUUUGUGCUCUGGGCACCUUUUCUUCUUCUCCACCUUGGUCACCCGGACAACAUCACCAGCUACGGGUUGGAGAACAAGAAGCUGACGCCGCCCCACAUCGUUGGUCCGAUCCUUGCAAUCGGAGGAGCUAUCUAUGGCUCAUACAAGCAAAGAUUUAUGCACGACGACGGGGCUCUGCGUGCCGCCUUCUUCAUCAUGCUCUUCUUUGGUUCCUAUAAGUAUGUGGAGAGGGUGGUUGCCCUACACCGAGCUUCCUUUGCAAACAUUCGCCGCACAAACGAGGGAAAGGAGUUAGGGCGCAUCAGUGCUGAGGACAAAGGCCGCCGUAGUAAGCGGGAUAAUGAUGACGUGCAGCUUGAUGCUCACGGCCUUCUCGCUGUCACCAUGGCUGCCUUGGCUGACUAUCAAGUCAGCAGUGGUGGUUAUCGCAGUUCUUAUUCUGGUUGGAAGGAGGUGAGCAAGGUGGUGGAGAUGGAGGCGUCGCUCAUGUACACCAAGGCAAGCGUGAUCCACACUUGGGGUGGCUAUACCAUCCGUGUCCUCUCGCCGCUCGCCACCGCCACGGCACUCUGUCUCUUCCACGGUGAAAAAGGCCUGGCCCUGGUGAAUGCAGACCGGAUGAUCACAUAUAUAUUGCUGGUUGCUACCUUGGUGUUGGAUGGGAGGUGGCUGCUGAGAGCGUUAGGGUCAACCUGGACAUAUGCAUUGUUGGUUGAUAAUAAAGAACAAGACCAAGAAGAAGAAAACAGACAAGUAAGGCCGCUUCUGGGUCGCCGGACCUUCUGGUACAAUUUCAGUUUGCCACGGUGGGUGAAGCUCGCAUGUCGCCGGGCUGGGAGGCAAUUAUGGUAUUUCCCACGCUGCCUUCUCGUCUCUUUGGAUCCGUCCCGGCUGUCAUUGAGAAGCGGCCCAAGUGGCCACAGGUUGUUGUCGGGCUCGAGCAUCGGACAGCGCUGUUGGAACCGCCAGUCCCUUGCCUCGCUCCGCCUAGCUUUUUCUGUCGCCGUCGCUCAAGCUUACCGGAGAGAAGAAGAAGAGGUUCAAAGAAAUUCAGAGAAACGGUGGAUACAGGAGUUUUUCCGGCGUUCGAACGCCCUUUUUCUUCCUCGAGCACGAACUCGAUAAUGUCACCCUGUUACAA